AAAUAACUGAUGUUCAAGAACUCAUUUCAAAGUGGAUUUCUUUCAAUUUUAUAUUCUAUAGGAUCAAAGCCAUUAUAGAUUUGGGAUAAACAAAGUAUUUAAUAGUACAAAUUAUAAAAGUUAAGAAUGGAUAUAUUAAAAGAAUAACAGAUUAAGACAUUUAAUCAUCAGUUCUUGAAAUUAUGGGUACAAAUGUGAGUACUAAUUUCAUUACUGCUCCUGCUGAUCCAAAGGAGACUUUGGGAAUUAAAUUACCAUUCUUAGUCAUGAUUAUAAAGAAUGUAAAAUAAUCAUCUUUUAUUUUUUAGCUUAAAAAAUAUUUUACUUUUGAAGUAUAAGUCUUGGAUGAUAAAAAUGUAAGAAGAAGAUUUCGAGCAUCGAAUUAUUAAGUAUUUCUUUAAACUAUUGAAUAGUCUACAACAAGAGUAAAACCAUUCAUAUGCACUAUGCCUAUGAGAUUGGAUGAAGGAUGGAAUUAAAUUCAAUUUAAUUUAUCUGAUUUCACUAGAAGAGCAUAUGGUACUAAUUACAUAGAAACUUUACGGUAUUUAUUAAUGCGAAAUUUAUAGAGUUCAAAUACAUGCCAAUUGCAGAAUUAGAAGAAUCUAUUUCAGUGAUCGUUUAUAUAGUGAAGAAGAAUUGCCUCCUGAAUUUAAAUUAUUCUUACCCAUUUAAAAACAAGGAUGA